UGCGCGAAAAUUUGACUUACACACGCUCGCGUCCCUCUCUCUGCACUCAUCCGUCUAUCCCUCCCUAACCAUUUGUCUGAGUGUCUGUCUAUCGUCACUAUCAGUUCAUUACUAGAACUAAACUCAAACUUUACGGAACAAAAAGUUUGGAGGCAUUGUAUUUAAUUUCUUUAUUGGAUUGUUCGCCCUCAUUCCUCUACUUUUUCAUUCAUUCAUUCUCUCGUUCUUUUCCUCUUCUGCAAUCUCUUGCCUCCACUCUUUUCGCGGAGUGUGAAAGGCAGAAGAAACUGGAGCACGUGACAAUUUCCGGAGUUCGAUUUAUUUAUUAAUUUUCUUACCUUAUUUUAACUAUUUAUUUACUGCAAGUCGUGCAUUUAUUUCUUGGACUCGAACAAAUAUGAAAUUGCUUGUCGACUCCUCCUCCUCUCUGCUGCUCUCACUGCUAUUGGCCCAGCUUCCUUUAUUUACGUCUGCCGUCCCCGCCCCCUUCCGGAGGCCGAACGUCGUGCACGAACUGGAUAGAUUGGCCAAUCAGACGAAGAAUCUGAGGCAGAUCGCAGCAGAUCUAUUGAAGGAACAUGCGUUCGAGACAGACCCAGAACAGCAUAGAUUUAAGUCCCUGCCACUAAUGAACAACAGGGCCAGUGACAUCAACUCCCUUGAGAUGAGACCCACUCUCUCUCAGCUCCACGCGGACCUGAAGUCGUUUGAGCACCAUUUUGCCUGGUUGAGCAGAGCGUCAAGGAAACACCACCACCCUGCUCUCCCUAAACUGGGACAGAUGAUGUCACUCAUCAAGUCUCUCACCAGCAUGCUAGAGCAUCAGAUGAUGAGAGUUGAUGCUCAGCGUCUCUCUCCUCCCUCUCCCUCGAUGCCGCCUCCUCCCCCCUCCCAGUUUGAUGUGUUACAGUCUUCCCAGGAGCUGCUACUACAGUUCAGACUCUUCUGUGAUUGGGCCCAACGAGUGUUCUCAGUGCUCAGUACAAAGUCCAAAAUGUCUGCAGUACAAUGAUGAUUCCUGAAGUGCUAUAGUCUAUAGGGAUACACAGAAUCCCCACUACAACCAAUGGGGAUCUACUAGCUUCAACCGGCACUACAACCAAUGAUGAUCCAAGAAAUCCACACUACAGCCAAUGAUGAUCCAAGAAAUCCACACUACAGCCAAUGAUGAUCCAAGAAAUCCACACUACAGCCAAUGAUGACCCAAGAAAUCCACACUACAGCCAAUGAUGACCCAAGAAAUCCACACUACAGCCAAUGAUGACCCAAGAAAUCCACACUACAGCCAAUGAUGACCCAAGAAAUCGACACUACCACCAAUGAUGACCCAAGAAAUCGACACUACCACCAAUGAUGAUCCAAGAAAUCCACACUACCACCAAUGAUGAUCCAAGAAAUCCACACUACCACCAAUGAUGAUCUGAGAAAUCCACACUACAGCCAAUGAGGAUUCAAGACAACCACACUACAACCUUGCACUGUUGUCACUGACCCUCCAUCCUCAUUGUAGCCAAUGAGAGACCUCCAUAUUCAAACUACAGCCUGAGGAUCCACCAUAUUAACACUAUUACAACCAGUAAUGGUCUCCAAUAUUCACGAACACGUCACUGCCACCCCAUCCUCUCUCUUAAAUACCUUGUUCCUGACUGUGUUAUUUAUGUAUUUAUUUAUUUAUUUAGUUAUUUAUUUGAUGUCAUUAUUUAUUUGAUUUUGUAACGUGUCACAUAUCAUUUUUACCUUAUUGUUGUGAAUUUAAUUCCUUGUACCUUUGUCAAUACUCCUAUUUUGUUCUCACUCUACCCUUCAUCCCUCCUCCCAAACUAAACAAGGAGACCACACCGUAGCACUUCCUGACUUCUUGCAGUCUCUAAAGAUAUGGAUUGUAUUUUCAACCAUAUAACCUGUCUCUCUUUACACAGAGUAGGCUAUUUCUGCCAGUAGAUGUAGCAAACAUACUUGGCUUGUAGCAAGCAUAUCUUGGGAGAGCCUACAUGUAUUUUUAUUACAGUGCUGUACUUUACCUUGUAGAUUUAGGGUUACUCAUAGAAUCUUCUGAACAUGUUAAAUGUGCCACCUGUUUGGUUUUGUAAACUGUUAAGAAAGAGAAUUAUGAACCAUGCCUCAAUCAGGAUGUCAACACAACAUAGGAGGGUAGAUCGUUUUUCCACGGGUUUAGUUGCUAUAAGUGGCUGUGUCCCACAUGGAUAAAUAACAGGUGGUAUAUCUAACACAGGUGGUAUAUCUGAAGGUUUAUGAAUAUGCCCUGUUGCUAAGCACUGAUCUAGGACCUGAUCUAAUCUCUUUGCACAAAUUUGUUAGGAUUAGCCUUUUGAAUCAGCUGAUCCUGAAUCUGUGCCUUGGUACACAUAAUGUUUGAGCAUUUUAGUGACAUAAAUAAGAAAUGGCCUUAAAAUACUAUGUAUUGUGAUACUAUGGUUCUGCACAGUUGUACAUACUUGUACAAUAAUGUAAAUUGUUGUAUACAAUGCAAUUGUGUAGUAUAGUUUUCUAUGAUAUAAAUGUAAAAUACUCUGUCAAUGCUAUCCCUAUCAUUUUGUCGCAAUAUCAAUAUUAUUCUAUUCUAGUAUUUUGUGACAGUAUUUACUAUUUAUUUAAGUUACUUUGGUGGAACUAUUUAUUUGUGCUGCAGAGGAGCAAGUCUCCUGUUGUUUUUGUACUUUUAUACUGUUUUUAUUCAUAAUUACCAUUAUCAUUGCUAUCAUCCAUGUUGAAAUCAUUGUAGUACCAUGCCUGAACGCUGUGUAAAACCUUGUGCUUGGGGUCUCCAGCACACAGACUGACUGAUUGGCCUAAAUGUGAAAUGUGUGCCUUGAAAAAAAAAAAAAAAAGUUAAUAAAGAACAUGCACAAUGA